GUGAUGUGGCAGGUGUGAGAAUAUAGCUGCGCUGGCUUUUUCGAAUGACUUGUCAGUGUAAACAAAUUUUCUCGCGGUGGAUGGGUAUAAGUACGAGGGCAGCUCGUUUUAUGAUUAUAAAUAUAGAGGAUUUGAUCGCGAAGAGGUUUACAGCACUGCUCAUACGUACACUGGGAGAGAGAAAGAGACAGAGAAGACAGCGCAGCCGCCGCUAUAGCCGCAACGACUGGCCAGUAUAGUGCCACUGCUCGCGCGACGCUCGACGUGUGGCAGCGCACGUGAGAGAGAGAGAGAGAGAGGGAGCGAUAAGAAGCUAGUGUGCGCGAGCUCAGCGAGUGUCUGUGGUAGAGAUCUCGUCGUCGUCCCGUCGUGCGCCGCUAACACACGCGAGAGGGAGAGAGCGCGCGCGCUCGAGCGUAUGGCCGUGUGUUUUUUUUCGGCUUUCUUCGACUGAGAGGACCCGUCGUCGGGGCACGCACACGCACCAUGAUGCAACAGGAGGUCAUGUCCAAGGCGGAGGAGGUCGCCGACCAGAUUAUCAGAAAUGGAAAGCACGUACUGCCGACGAUGGCGAGGCUCUGCCUCAUCGCCACCUUCCUGGAGGACGGUCUGCGGAUGUGGUUCCAAUGGAGCGAGCAGAGAGAGUACAUGGAUAUGCAAUGGGGAUGCGGCAAGUUCCUGGCCACCCUUUUCGUCCUGAUUAAUCUGGUGGGACAGCUGGGUGGCUGCGUAGCUGUCAUUAUCAGACGGCAAGUCAGCAUCGCCUGUGGUGUGCUCUUCUUCAUUGUGAUCCUCCAGACCUUCGCCUACAGCAUUCUGUGGGACAUGCAGUUCCUCUUCAGGAAUCUGGCCCUCAUUGGUGCCCUCCUGCUGGUCUUGGCCGAGUCCAAGGCUGAAGGAAGAUCCCUGUUUGCUGGUGUACCUUCCCUGGGUGAUAACAAGCCAAAAAAUCUUCUGCAACUUGCUGGCAGAGUGCUUCUGGCUUUCAUGUUUGUCACAUUGAUUAGAAUCGAAUGGUCUUUCUUCCAAAUCAUCCAGGAUGUACUUGGCGGAAUAUUGAUGAUUCUCGUGACUAUAGGAUAUAAGACAAAACUCAGUUCUUUACUACUUGUGCUCAUUCUGACAGCCCUCAACUUCUACCACAACGCUUGGUGGACCAUUCCAGACUACAAACCUCUAAGAGAUUUCCUUAAAUAUGAUUUCUUCCAAACCCUUUCUGUGAUCGGAGGAUUGUUGAUGAUUGUUUCACUGGGGCCAGGUGGUGUAUCGAUGGACGAACAUAAGAAGAAGUGGUAGAAUCAAAGUGCUGAUUAUUAUUGGCAAACUUCCAUUCCUCCGUUUUUAAUGAGCUCAAUUGUCAAUCAGACUUUUUGAAUAAGAUUAAGGAAGGGAUUGAAAAGAGUGUGCAAAAUCAAUGAUUAACACAAGUCUACUGUAAUGAAAGUCCAGGUUGUCCAUAAAGAUUGCUGCUCUUAUUUGCUAUAAAUUGAGGCACUUUGUAAAGGAUAACGUUAGAUCAUGCAGAAACGACGACAAGAUGCCUUAAAACAUUGAGAAAAACAACAACGGACAAAGACUAAUUUAUGAUAUACUAUACAAAUACUUAAUAGCUUGUACAUAUGGAAGAACUUUUUGUCAUAAACAAUGUAUUCUUUGGCGCAUUUUUAAAUUUGUAUUCCUUGUUUUUGGGCUGUCGAUCUUUUUGACGUGAUUUGCCCUUUUUUAUGAAUAAUGUAGGAGAUUUUUUAUUCGAAAUUAAAAUCUUCCUUAGAAUGGCAAUUGUGUAUGCUACAGCUAUGUAUUAUUAUUUUUGUUAUGUUUGUAAGCUGCGUAAGUCCUGUCGACCAAAAGUCGAUCUUUGAGUCGUUGUAAAUAAAUUUUCAAUUUCUCUAAAAUCAGGAUCUCAUUAAAAUGUGCAGCUAGGUGAAUGGACCUACAGUUCAUCUAAUAAUAACUCGGAAAAUAAACUUUACCUAAAAAUAGUUCUCAUGCACAGUUGAAUGCUUGCUUCCCCAAGUGAAAGAGAUUUUCAAAACUGUAAACUUCAAAGACUCUAAUAAUUGACCAUCAAGUGUUGAAUAAAUAUUUUCGUGAUAUACAAUGAGAAUUUUAACUGACAAAAAAUCUAAUUCUGUUAUUCAAAGAGGGGCAACUCUUUUAAUGAAAAAACCAUUUGCUUAUGUACUGAAGUCUUAUUACCGACACAAUCUCUGCGACUAUUGUUUCAAAAAAGAGUAAGUAAUUUUAAUUUUACAUCAACAUAUUGCUUUUUAUAUAGAAAAAAAUAAAAAAAAUUUUGUAAACAUAA